AUGUCACAAAAUAAUGCAAAUUUCUAAAUCAAAGAUGCUUAGAUUGAUAAAUUUUUUAACACUUUUAAAAAGGAGCCCUUAGGUUCUGGGAGAAAUUCUAUAGUUUACCUAACUCAACAUCGAUUAUCAAGUGUAUAUUUUGCAUUGAAAGAACCAAGAAAAGAUGAAUUAUCUCAAUAAUCGAUUAUCGUACAAUAAUUAUGAUAUGUAGUCUUUGUAAUCAGAAUGAAAUUAAUAUUUUCAUCAAGUUAUGGCAAAAUAAUAACUAAGAAUUUCCACGAUGUGUGCCUU